GAUCUGGACUGAGGCAGGAGCAAGAGCAGGAGCAGGAGCAGGAGCAGGAGCAGAAGCAGAAGCAGAGGCAGGGGCAGAGGCAAAGGCAGAGGCAGAGGCAGAGGCAGAGGCAGAGGUAGAGGUAGAGACAGAGGCAGAGGCAGAGGCAGGGGCAGGGGCAGGGGCAGAAGCUGCUGCCCGCCGAGCGGGAGGGGAUGCUGAGCGCCCAGGAGCCUACGCCCUCCGGGGUCCCGGGGGCCGCGGCCGGGACCCUGGAGCCCCCUCCGCCACGCAGCCCUCGGGGCACGGCCCUGGCCCCUGCCAAGCCCCUCACCUCCUUCCUUAUCCAGGACAUUUUAUGGGACGGGCGGGAGAGGCGCAGCGUCGGCAAGCUCAGUCCAAGUCCCGGGCCCGAGUCGGAGCCCGAGCCCGCGCCACAGCCGGAGGCCGAAUCCGUCUCCUUAUCCGGGUCCGAGAGCGGCCCGGCGCCCCAGGAUGAGCAGCCGGCGAGGCCCGCGGAGGCUGAUCGGAGCACCGAGCCGGGCUCCUCUCCCUCAGGGGCAGAGCCAGAUGCACACUUUGAGACCUGUCUGUUGGACUGUGCAAACCCUGCCAGUGCUGCCUCCCCCAAAGCCCUGAAGCCACCCAAGCGGUCCCGGGCUGCCUUCUCCCACACCCAGGUUAUUGAGCUGGAGAGGAAGUUUAGCCACCAGAAGUACCUGUCGGCCCCCGAGCGGGCCCACCUGGCCAAGAAUCUCAAGCUCACCGAGACCCAGGUCAAAAUCUGGUUCCAGAACAGACGCUAUAAGACCAAGAGAAAGCAGCUGACCUCCGACCUGGGAGACCUGGAUAAGCACUCCCCCCUGCCCAGCUUAAAAGAAGAGAACUUCUCUGGAGCCUCUCUGAUCUCCAUGUAUAACAGCUACCCCUAUUAUCCUUACCUCUACUGCUGGGGAGGUUGGAGUCCAGCUUUCUGGUAACCCUGGCUAAUGACUGGGGCCCAACCCAUAGCUGCUGCUUCCACUUUGUUCUCUGAAAGCAAAAAGGGGCCAGAAUUAGGGAGAUCAGGAGAAGAGAAAGGGGGGAGCCUAUCCACCCUGCCAAAGGCUUCGAGUGGUAGUCGAGCCCUUGUUUCUUGACUGAUGGUUUCACUAAAUCUGUGGCCCAGCAUAAUAUUUAAUAUUUAAGUGGCACUCAGGGCCAGCCAAGGCACCAAAUGAGAGCAUCCCUCUUAUCCCAGUGAUGUUGCAGAGGAAGAUUCUUGUUCGGAUCGGGGCUGGAUUAGCUGGCUUCUCAGGUGCCGCCAAUCAGCCCUGAAAUCCUGAAUCCUGAAGUGGAUCUGACUCCCUCUCCACUCCCAGUUUAACUGUCUUUGCUUUGAACUACCUUUCUUUAAAAAAAAAAAAAAAAGUUUGAGCUCCAGGCUCUCUUCCCAGUGCCUUUCUGCUUUGUUUUAUGAGCUGUCAGCAUCUCUGCUUCCGGGAGGAUCUGUUCUUUUCCUUCAGCUCAGUCACCUGUGUAAACGGAGCAUCUCAUGAGAAGCUAAAGCCAGAACAGGAGCAAAAACAGUGCCAAGAACGGGACUUAGGACAGGGUCUCCACUAGAUCUAACCUACGGUAGGAGGCGUUGGGCCUCCCUGGACCUGGGAAUAUGCCUAACUUUCUCUUUGUUCCUCCCCACCCCCAGCUCCCCCAGUAAAAUGGCAGUUCCUUGAGGGCAGGUACCAUUUCAUUUUCUGCCUCUGUAUCUCCGGUAUCUAGCUAGCACAGUGCCUUGCACACAGUAGGUGUUUAAUAAAUCUUUGUCGCAAUGUACUUGGAGGGCAAGGUCCGCUCCUAGACCGCUUCAGAACUGGACAGGCAAAGCAGGGUGUUAGAUUCUUCAAUUUUGUAUCUAGGAAGGAGGUGAAAGUUUUACAUUAAAAAACUGUUGAAAGAGAAAACAAAGGUGAACUCCAAGGAUCCCUAAAGGAAUUCCAAAUAUUUCUUUUGUCAUGGACAAUCUGGUGAAACUUAUAAAAGUCCUCAAAAUCAUACUGUCAAAUCAUUGAAGGAGAUCUUAAAUUUCAAUUAGAAGCUAGCGAAAAUAAAGAUGGAUUUUUGUCUCGUAAUCAUCCAAGUUCCCGGAUCCUCUAGAAUUAAUCUAGAGACCUUUGGAGGGAGGGAAGGGCCAGGUUAACAACUCUGCAUCCUGAGGGUAUCAAAUCUUAGGAUGACACAGUUUCAAACCAUCUGUCUAAACAAUCAUGGCUCAGGGCUGAAGGGGUGAGCAGUGACAAAGUAGUCCUUGUAUUUCUGGUGGGGUGAUGGUUAAUAUGUAGGGAUGAGGGAGAGGGGAAGAGAAAAAGUCCUUUCUUUUCAGGCAUCAUGAAGCAGUGAAAAUUUCACUGAAUCAGGAAUCAGAAAAUCAAGGUUUCAUUUAGCUUCCCACUUACUAAUCAUGCCAUUUAACCUUUCUGAACCUCAGUUUCCCCAUCUGUAAAACCUACCCUAGCCUAUCUCACAGUGGUUUUUUCUUUUUUCUUUUUCUUUUUUUGAGAAUCUAAUGAAACUGAGUUGGUGAAACAAACAUUUCUUUGCAAUCCAAAGUGUUAGAUAAAGGUAAGAUGGUUUUAUUAUUAAGGAUUUAAGGAGCUAUCGAGGGCAUUUUCCCUUGGGCACCUAGGGAUUCUGCCUGAGCCUAAGAGUGAAGCUUUCAGCUGUCACACAGGUUUCUAGCUCCUGCCAAAGUUUUAUUUUGACAAGAGCCUUCACCCUCGCCAGAGCCCCCUCUAGAAGCCAUACUUUCAGCUUGGCUGAGGAUUCUUAUUCCCUUUCUAAGAGAUCUUGGUCUUGAUUCUUGCCUGCAAAACAAAACAAAAAUGAUGGGUGAAGUAAAGAGCUGAGAGGGUUGACAUGCAUGUCUAAACAGUAGAAGGGGAAAAAAAAAUUAGUUCCUUAAUAUGAGAUACUAAAUUCCAAAUCUUAUCAAAGGAACCAUAGUAAGUAAGGAAAGUCAUUUUUGGCAGGUUCACACAGUAGGUGAUACGACUUUACGUCACUAUAGCUCAAGGCUUAGCUGAUCCUUUCUCUGAGAUUCUUCACAUGAAGAGGAAUAGGAAGUUGCAACUGUUCUGAAUAGCCAAAGAAUAAAGUUCCUGGGCAAUGGUCUGAUAUCAGUGAGGUUAGCCAGCCAGAGAACAGGACUAAGGGUGGCAGUAGGAGGAAAUCUGAUAAUAUAGUGGGCUGAGAAGUAACCCUAGCCCCUCUUUAACUCACUGAGCAAGGUGAAGGGAAGAGUGUAGGUUUGGUAAGGACACAGAGAACACCUCUGACAUUGGACAGUCUUUGUAAAGUCCAUCCAUGAAGAGUCUAGGUCUCAGAUCCAGCAAGUCACAGGCAGGGGGAUUGGUAAAAAUCAAGUGACCUUCCAGGUCUAGGGAAGAAAAGAUUUAAACGCAGGAGACAAUUCUCUUGUUCACACUAGGGCGGUGGGAUUUGGAAAUCGGAAGAGUUGAAAUUUCAUCUCUGCUACCCAAAUCUCUUAACCUCCCUGAAGGCCUCAGUUUCCCCUUCUAAAUGAUGUAUAAGGUCCCUCCUAAUAUUAAACCUAUGUCCUAGUAGAUGUCCUAUUGCAAAGGUACCUCAUAGAGGAAAAAGCUCUGGGGAAGGCGUGGGGCAGAUAGCCAAUUUUCUACCAGAUCCCUGCUGUCUGGAACUCUUUUUCAGGGCACUACCUAUUUCCGUCUGGUUUCAAAACAAAACAAAAACCUUUUAACAGUCUUCAUCUUAAAAGGGCUAAUUUUCAGACAGUAACAAAACUGCUGAAGUAAGGUUCUGAAAAUUUGGCCUAGCUUGUCGUCCUCCUGUAGCCCAGGCUCCGUGUUGCAAUUUGGUGCAAUGUCACCAUCACCCAUGAUUAAGCUUAGACCCACUUCUAGAACUCUCAGGAUGAUUCGCCUUAAUUACUCACUCCCUUUCAGACUUAGUUUGUCUCUUAAGAUAACCUUUAAUCGCUUUGGAAUGCAUUCUUUCCCCACUGUUCCAAAUUUCAUAUUCUCAGCAUGGAGAAAUGGGCAUCUUUUUACUGUGAUGUAAGUGUUGUAAAAGCAAAAUAGAAAACACGAGCUUCGCUUCCAAAAAAGAACUUAAAAAACAAUUUGUCAUGGUCGAUUCCCUUGGGAAGGAGAUGCAUGAGUAGGAACUGCUUGACCGUGUCAGAGCGGGCAAGAUGGACUGACAAUUUCACUCAAGAAUCAGUGCGUCACUUCGGCUCAAAGACUCGGUUUGGGUUUUUCCCCCAAUGCCCACCAAUCCAAGCACCAUCUCUCACUGUUUGUGGUUUGAAUCAGUAACUUAGUCCCCUCCCCCCCAAAAAAGUGAUAUUUUUCUAUGUGUAUUUUUGCAACAUAUGUGUGGGACUUUCUUCUUUUUUAAAUAAAGUAUCUUGUUUGAAACUUUA